AUGGUGUAUAAGAACAAUGCGUUCAAAUACGACGGAGUGUUGUCGAAGCCUGGCUUACUUAUGGACCCAGAUUAUGCUACAUGGAGCCUUUUUCAGGACUUUGCUGAUGAACAUGCAGCUAAUUGCGUUCCUGUACAGCAGAUUUGGUACAAGCUCAGUAGCCAGGAUAUGGAUAAAAUAACGUCUAUUUUUCAUCUCAGGUCUGAUGCAGAAAUCAACCAGAUGUGUGGUAUAGUUAUUGAAGGAGGAGGCGAACUUGAUUUGUUUUUGGAGCAACUCAAAAUGCCUGCGAUUUCCCAUAAGGAAGAUGAAAGAGAAGCACAAGCUGUUAAUGAAGCAACUGAGGAAGAAAACAGAGAUGAUAUAGUUGAUUAUGCAAGAGCGAAUAAAGCUGUUGAGGAGGAACAAGAAGAAGAUAUAGUGAAAGAAGGUGGUGAUGAUGCUAGGUUUCUGGAAUAUUAUCAGGAAAUUCGUCUAAACGAUAAUGUUGGUCAAGGAUUUGACACUAACGGAGAAGAUGUGGCUCCUACUGGUGAAGAGACGGCAGGAGAGCCUUUGGAUGAUGAUGAUGAGGCUGAGAUGGAGAGACAAUGUCAUGAUGCUGACAGACCAGAACCUGUUGUUGAUACUGAUGAUGAGUGGGACGAUUUCUGCAGGAAGGAAACUGCAGUUUCGAGAACCACAUACAGAAAAGAGAAGGCUCCUUACUUGUGGUUAAUGCAAACACUCAGGAGUGGUAACGCGUUUAAAGAUCAACUGCUGAGGUAUGUCUUGAAAACCAACUAUGAUGUGAAGUUGUGUAGAUGGGAGAAGACUAAACUCGCAGCAGUGUGUACGAAUGAGAAGUGUCCCUGGAAGAUUUAUUGUUCAGUUGAGAAGCCAAAGAAACUAUGGAUGGUCAAAAGCUUUGUUGACGUUCAUAACCACAUGAAGAGUAGUAAAGCUAGGAUGCUGAAGCAGGGAGUUAUUGCUAACUUAUACAAGGAUGAAGCAAGAAGAAGACCUGGUUUGAGGUGGACAGAUAUUAAAGACGAAAUCAUGCUGAGAAAUACUUGGAAAAGUUGUUGUCGGCCGAUCAUUGGACUAGAUGGAGCAUUCUUAAAAUGGGAGUUGAAAGGAGAGAUUUUGGCUGCGGUUGGAAGGGAUGCAGAUAACAGGAUUUUUCCUAUAGCUUGGGCUAUUGUGAGAGUAGAGGAUACUGAGUCAUGGACUUGGUUUGUCGAGAAAUUGAAGAUUGAUUUGGGUUUGGAAUUAGGGAAUGGUAUCACAAUCAUUUCUGACAAACAGAAGGGUUUGAUCAAUGUUGUCGCUGAUCUCCUCCCAAAUGCAGAACACAGACAUUGUGCAAGACACAUAUUCGCUAAUUGGAGGAAGAAUUACAAAACAGAAGACUAUGAGGAUUAUUUCUGGGAUAUUGCAUACAACUCAAAUGUUGGUGAUUUUCAGUUCAACAUGGAUGCCUUGAAGGCGUUUGACGAAACCGCAUACACGGAUCUACUGAAAACAGAACCAAAGAUAUGGUGUAGAGCUUGGUUUCCGUAUCAUUCAAGGUCUGAAGAUGUUACCAACAAUUUGUCAGAGAGUUACAACCGCACCAUCAAAGAAGCCCGUAAGUUGCCACUAAUCAACAUGCUUGAAGAGAUUAGGAGACUAGCUAUGAAACGCAUCUCGAGAAGGCGUGAGAAGACUCGUAGUUGUGUUACUAAGUUUCCACCACAUAUCAUGGCGAUUUUCGAGAAAAAUCGCAAGGCUAGCAAGCAUUGCACAGUGAUUCAAAGUAGUGAAAGCUUGUAUGAGGUGAUGGAGCUUACUGGUAGCUUCGAGGUGUGUCUUCCAGAAAAGCAUUGUGGUUGUAACCAAUGGAAUCUCACAGGAAUUCCGUGUCGGCAUGCGAUUUGUGUCAUCACAGAACAUAACUAUGAUCCGGAAGAGUAA